AUGGACUCAGGCAACAAUACAAGAAUUUCAGAAUUUCUUCUUCUGGGAUUUUCAGAGGACCCUGAAUUGCAACCUGUUAUAUGUUGGCUUUUCCUCUCUAUGUACCUGGUCACUGUGCUUGGGAACCUGCUCAUCAUCCUGGCCAUCAUCUCAGACUCCCACCUGCACACGCCCAUGUACUUCUUUCUCUCCAACCUGUCUUUUGUGGACAUCUGCUUCACCUCCACCACUGUCCCCAAGAUGCUGGUGAAUAUCCAGACACACAGCAAGGCCAUUAGCUACACAGGCUGCAUCACCCAGAUGUACUUUUUCUUGAUAUUUGUAGAGUUGGACAACUUCCUCCUGGCUGUGAUGGCCUAUGACCGAUGUGUGGCCAUCUGUCACCCUCUGCACUACAUGGUUAUUAUGAACCCUCGGUUCUGUGGGUUGCUGGUUCUGGUGUCUUGGGUCAUGACUGUACUGCAUGCAUUGUUGCAAAGCUUAUUGGUGCUGCGCCUGUCCUUCUGUUCACAUGUAGAAAUUCCUCACUUUUUCUGUGAACUUAAUCAGAUGGUUCAACUCACCUGCUCAGAUAACCUUCUUAAUGACUUUGUGAUGUAUUUUGCACUUGUGUUAUUGGCUACUGUGCCUCUUGCUGGCAUCCUUUAUUCUUACUCCAGGAUAGUUUCCUCCAUACGCAAAAUCUCAUCAGUCCAAGGGAAAUACAAAGUGUUUUCUACCUGUGCAUCUCACCUUUCAGUUGUCUCAUUAUUUUAUUGCACAGGCCUCGGUGUCUACCUUAGUUCUGCUGCAACCCACAGCUCCCACUCCACUGCAACAGCCUCGGUGAUGUACACAGUGGCCACCCCAAUGCUGAAUCCCUUCAUCUACAGUCUGAGGAAUAAAGAUGUCAAGAGAGCACUGAAAAAGACUCUUGGGAUGGAAAGUAUGAAAUGA